AUGGGGCUCCUCAGCUCCCUGCCGCCCCACCGCCGGGGGGCCUUAUCGGGCGGCGGAUGGCAGUGGUCGUUCCUCGACGUCGUCUGGGGGGUCUUCCUCAUCGCCGUGGUCGUCUUCCUCGCGCUCGUCUUCACGCCGCGCCGCGGGGACCCCGUCCUAACCGCCGCCUCCGUCGCCCGCGCCGGCGGCAGCGGCGGCGCGGUGCCACCGUGCGCCGCCUCGGAGGUGGACCUCCUCCCCUGCGAGGACCCGCGCCGCAGCUCCCGCCUCAGCCGCGAGAUGAACUACUACCGCGAGCGCCACUGCCCGGCUCGUGGCGAGGCGCUCGCGUGCCUUGUGCCGCCGCCCCGAGGCUACCGCGUUCCCGUGCCCUGGCCCGAGAGCCUCCACAAGAUCUGGCAUGACAACAUGCCUUAUGGUAAGAUUGCUGAAAGAAAAGGUCAUCAAGGGUGGAUGAAGCAUGAAGGUUCGUACUUCAUUUUUCCUGGUGGCGGGACUAUGUUCCCCGACGGAGCUGAACAAUAUAUUGAAAAGCUUAGCCAGUAUGUUCCACUGAAAACUGGUGUCGUCAGGACAGGUCUUGAUAUGGGAUGCGGGGUUGCCAGCUUCGGUGGAUUUUUGCUUAAGGAGAAUAUCAUGACACUUUCAUUUGCACCAAGAGAUUCGCAUAAGUCUCAAAUACAAUUUGCCUUGGAGAGAGGAAUUCCAGCAUUUCUUUUGAUGUUGGGCACACGCCGUCUUCCUUUUCCAGCACAGUCCUUUGAUUUUGUCCAUUGUUCCCGGUGUUUGAUACCUUUUACUGCCUAUAAUGGAUCUUACUUGAUUGAAGCUGACCGUCUACUUAGGCCUGGGGGCUAUCUAAUCAUAUCGGGCCCCCCUGUAAGAUGGAAGAAUCAGGAGAAGGAAUGGGAUGAACUUCAAGCAAUGGCAGGAGCUUUGUGUUACAAGUUGAUCACUGUAGAUGGUAAUACUGCCAUUUGGAAAAAACCUGCUGAGGCUUCAUGUCUUCCUAACCAAAAUGGAUUUGGCCUUGAUCUGUGUAGCACCAAUGAUGAUCCAGAUGAAGCUUGGUACUUCAAGUUGAAUAAAUGUGUCAGUAAAUUUUCCGUGUCGGAAGAGAUAGCUAUAGGUUCCGUUCCCAGGUGGCCAGAUAGGCUGUCUAAACCUUCUGCUAGGGCAUCAGUUAUCAACAAUGGAGCAAGCUUGUUUGAAGCAGAUAGUCAGAAGUGGGUUAGGAGAGUGUCAUAUUAUAAAAAGUCACUUGGCGUGAAGCUUGGGAGCACACACAUACGCAAUGUCAUGGACAUGAAUGCAUUCUUUGGAGGAUUCGCAGCCGCUAUAGUGUCUGAUCCUGUAUGGGUUAUGAAUGUUGUUCCUGCUCAGAAGCCAUUGACACUUGAAGUUAUUUAUGAUAGGGGCCUUAUUGGGGUUUAUCAUGACUGGUGUGAACCAUUCUCAACAUAUCCCCGUACUUACGAUCUCAUUCAUGCUGAUGCAAUUGACUCCUUGAUAAGUGACCCGAUUUCAGGCACUAGCAGAUGUGACCUGUUUGAUGUCAUGUUGGAGAUGGACCGCAUACUGCGCCCAGAAGGAACUGCCGUUAUACGGGCCUCCCCAGAUGUGGUAGACAAGGCAUCACAGAUUGCUCGGUCGAUUCGGUGGAAAGCCCAGGUGCAUGACAGUGAGCCAGAAUCAGGUAGUACCGAGAAAAUACUUGUGGCUACGAAAACAUUUUGGAAGCUGCCACUAACAUCAUAA